GGUGUGCUCACUUGCGGAUGCAAACAUGAAUGGCAGCGUGCAUAUCGACCAGAUAUCCACCACAUAAGGUGAGGGGAUACACUUUGAACAACCAGCUGGACAUGGAGACAGAGAGUGAGAGCAUGCUGCAGCUUGCAGCACAGGCUUUCCAGUCAAAAAACUUCGACCUAGCUGCGGAAAUCUACGAGUGCCAACUAGCGGGACUCGGAGAUCCAGGGAGCCGGCAGGAGCUGAUGGUGAAGCGGGCAGACGCGCUCGCCUUCGCGGGCAAAUUCACGGAAGCUUUCAAUAUCUACAGACAAGCGUCAGAGAAAGAGAGACUGAGACCUGUGCACCUGACCAACCUGAUAGAGUACCUGGCGGGGAGUAUCAGGAGGCAGGAUAGGGGUGAGAGUCAGAGCAGGAGCCCGGGGAGAGGAGAGGAGGCAGGGGCUGCGGUGGCAGCCGGGAGCUCGGGAGCUACUGGAGACUUCUACUGCCGGAUAUGUCUGAGCUUUUUAUUCGAGCCUGUGACUCUGCCGUGCGGACACUGCUUCUGCAAGAAGUGUCUGGAGAGGGAGGAGAAGGAGCGGCCGGUGAUGUGCAAGGAGUGCAGGGACAGCUCCAGAGUGGCCGACGUCCAGAGUUACAGGGUCAAUGUGGUCCUCAGCAACCUGCUGGCCAAGUGGUUCCCCACCUGGAGCCAGGCCGGCCGGCUGAGGCGGGAGGGCAACGGACUGUACGCCGAGAGGAAGAUGGAGGCAGCCCUGGAGAAAUACAACCAAGCCAUAUUGAUAGCACCCAUGGACCACAUACUGUUCAGUAACCGCUCCCAGAUCCACUCCAGUCUGAGGCACUAUGAAAAGGCUCUGAGAGAUGCAGAGAUGGCCUGCAGACUCAUGCCUCACUGGUCCAAGGGUCAUGUUCGUAAGGCCCAGGCUCUGGUGUCACUGGGCAGGACAGAGGAGGCUCUGAGGGAGUACCUGGUCUGUCUGUCCAUAGAGCCGGACUGCAGACUGGCCAAGACUGAGGCCCACAAGCUCCUCAGCGAUCUCCUGGCUCCAGUAACAGAUCAGGUCCCUGAACACAUCUCAGACUGCUCCAAUAUACUGUCUUCCAGAGCGCACAUCAAGAACAGCAUUAACACUCCCUUUCAGAUCUAUAGUACCAGCUUGUUGUCAUCAGCGUCCAGUCUGGCCCCCAUUUCUUCCACACCUGGAAAGUCAGAGGGCAGUGAGGUCAGAGGUCAGGGAAAGCUGGAGGUCAGACGGCUGGACCACUGUUUCCUCCUCAAAAGGAAACGAUGGAGCUCAGAGGAGGAAGUGGAGGAUGACGGAGGACAGAAGAGGAGCAGCAAUAACAAGAAGGCCAAGUCUGAGCCAGCAGAGGUGAUUGAUCCAUUGAGCCCUGUGAUUGGUGAUGUCUUGGACCCGACAGAUCUGGAGUGUUCUCUUUGUAUGAGACUUUUCUACGAGCCAGUGACGACGCCGUGCGGUCACACGUUCUGUCUUCGGUGUCUGGAGAGAUGUCUGGACCAUAAUCCGAAGUGCCCACUCUGCAAAGAGGAGCUCUCUGAGUACCUGGUCCAGCGGCAGUACUGUAAGACAGUGUUAAUGGAGAAGCUGAUAUCGAAGUAUCUUCCCUCCGAGCUCAUGGAGAGACAGAAAAUCCACCAGGAAGAGAUGGCUGAGCUCUCAAAUCUUAACAAGAAUGUGCCUAUAUUUGUGUGCACCAUGGCCUUCCCCACUGUGCCGUGCCCUCUCCAUAUCUUCGAGCCGUGCUAUAGACUGAUGAUUCGCCGAUGCAUGGAGACGGGAACCAACUGCUUUGGCAUGUGUCUGGGAGACAACCUCAAAGGAUUUGCAGACUACGGGUGCCUGUUAGAGAUCCGCGAUGUGAAGUUCUUUUCUGAUGGCCGCUCAGUUGUGGACACCAUCGGCAGACGGAGGUUUAAAGUCAUUCAGCACAGUGAGAGGGACGGAUACAACACGGCUGAUAUAGAGUACCUGGAGGAUGUAAAGGUGGAGGGUCUGGAAGAGCGUGAGCUACAAUCUCUGCACGACACGGUGUACGACCAGGCUCUGGUGUGGGUCAACUCCUUAAAGAUUGAGCAGAAGGAACGCAUUGAAGGACAUUUUGGACCCAUGCCUCAGAAAGACUCUGAACUUCAGGACAGUCCUAAUGGUCCCUCAUGGUGUUGGUGGUUACUCGCUGUUCUUCCUUUAGAAGGCCGAGCCCAGCUGCCCUUCCUGGCCCUCACAUCUCUGAAAGAUCGCCUCAGCGGCAUCCGCAAGGUGCUGCUCCUCAUGACCCACAGCAGGCACCGGUGACAUGCUCUCCACGAGUGAAGCCCGCCUGGAAAAUGCAGUAACCACCUCCACCUGCACACAUGCACACCCUACUCCAAAGCAGCAGUUGACCUGCUGUUCUUCCUUUUGAUGCACAAAGAACUGAUGUUGAAGUUGUUGCACCUUCCUUGUUGUAGCACCCUUUCAGAAAGCAAGGCUGGACUCAUCUACACAUCAACAGAAAAUUAAAUUAAAAAUAGAACUGAAUACAUAGAUGUCUUCUGUUCAUAAGAUUCUCUGCGCACCAUCCAGAAAACAACCACGCACACCUGCAGCUAUGUUCAGACAGGAAGGACAUCUAAUUCCUUAUGAUGACUGUCAUUACAAUGACUCAAUGUGGUACAGUACAUCACCUUCCGUUACAACAAUGGAUGUCACUGUAACAAUGCCCAUAUGCUAAGUAACUACAUGUUCUUGUGUAACAUUUCCACAUGUACAGCGGGCAAGCUGUUGUGUUUUUCGUCUUCAUCUGUCCAGGUUCCACUGUUGCCUUUGUGGCCCCUCCUCCAUUUUUGUAGUUCUUUGCUCUUCCUCUUGCAUACUUAUGUUAUGUGUGAACUUUGCAGCCUGAUAUGAGUAAUUUCUCCAAAACAAAAAAGCUGAGCUGCCUGUCUGAACAUAGCUUUAAUGCAAAGACAAAGCAAGUUCAGAUAUAUCAACUGCUGGUAGCAACCACCAUUAAUUCAACCAAUCAGCAUCCCCAUACUUAAUGUCUAUAAAUGUACAUAAAAAUUCUUCAAGAGACCAAAUAAUUUGCCUUUUUGUGUAAAUGCAGUCACUACUGUUGAGUGAAAAUGAUUAUAAUAUUGAUGAGAUAUGAUUAAUUGGUUUGCCCAUCAACCAUAACUCACACAACAACCGUUUUUUCGGCUGCUAUUCCGUCUUCCUGCCCUCCUUUCUUCUUUCACUGCUGUCCCUGUCUGACACUACAUCGUGCAACAUGAAUAACAACGGACUGAACUUUUA